GCUGCCAGGGAACGAUGUUCUCGUCUGCAAAGCCGUAUGAGAACCAGCGCUACUCUGCCUUGAAGAAAGACUGCCAGCGGAGGAAAACCCUCUUUGAGGACCCCCUGUUCCCGGCCAACGACGACUCCCUCUUCUACAAGUCGCGAAUUCAAGGUGUGCAAUGGAAACGGCCAAAGGACAUCUGCGACGACCCCCACCUCUUCGUGGAUGGAAUCAGCUCUCACGACUUGCACCAAGGCCAGGUGGGCAACUGCUGGUUUGUGGCAGCUUGCUCCUCCCUGGCAUCGAGAGAAGCCCUGUGGCAAAAGGUCAUCCCAGACUGGAAGGAGCAAGAGUGGUCCGCUGAGAAGCCCGAGAACUAUGCCGGCAUCUUCCACUUCCAGUUCUGGCGGUUCGGCGACUGGGUGGACGUGGUGAUCGACGACCGGCUGCCCACGCUCCACAACCAGCUCAUCUACUGCCACUCCAACUCCAAGAACGAGCUGUGGUGCGCGCUGGUGGAAAAGGCCUACGCCAAACUCUCGGGAUGCUACGAGGCGCUAGACGGGGGCAACACUGCUGACGCUUUGGUGGACUUCACCGGCGGCGUCUCGGAACCCAUCGACCUGCUGGAAGGCGGCUAUGCGAACGACGAAGCCAAACGCAACGUCCUCUUUGAGCGGGUGUUGAAGGUCUACAACCGAGGAGGUCUCAUCAGCUGUUCCAUAAAAGCCACCUCAGCCGCCGACAUGGAAGCCCGGCUGGACUGCGGCCUGGUCAAAGGGCACGCCUACGCCGUCACGGACGUAAGGAGAGUCCGCUUGGGCCACGGCCUGCUGUCCUACUUCAAGUCCGAGAAGCUCGAUAUGAUCAGGCUGAGGAACCCCUGGGGGGAGAAAGAGUGGAACGGCCCCUGGAGUGACACCUCGGAGGAAUGGCAGAAAGUCAGCAACAGCGAGAGAGAGAAACUGGGAAUGACUGUCCAAGACGACGGGGAAUUUUGGAUGACGUUUGAAGACUUCUGCAGGUACUUCACCGACAUCAUCAAGUGCCGGCUCAUCAACACGUCGUACCUGAGCAUCCAUAAGACCUGGGAGGAGGUGGUCUUGCGGGGGGCCUGGGCGAAGCACGAGGACCCCUUGAAGAACCGCUGCGGGGGCUGCGUCAACAACAGGGACACCUUCCUGCAGAACCCACAGUACGUUUUUGACGUGAAGAAAGCGGAAGACGAAGUCCUCAUUUGCAUCCAACAGAAGCCCAAACAGACCAAUCGGAAGGUGGGCAAGGGAGAGAACCUGGCUAUCGGAUUUGACAUCUAUAAGGUGGAGCUAAAUCGGACUUACCGGAUGCACACCCUGCAGCCCAAGGUUGCCAGCUCCAUCUAUAUCAAUUCCCGCAUCGUCUUCCUGAGGACAGACCUGAAGGAAGGGCGCUACGUCAUCAUCCCCACCACCUUCGAGGCCGGCCACGUGGGCGAGUUCCUCCUCAGGGUGUUCACAGAUGUGCCUUCCGAUUGCCAAGAGCUGACCCUGGACGAGCCCCCCCACACCUGUUGGAGCGGGAUGUGUGGCUACCCGCAGAUGGUGUCGCAAGUCCACGUCGUCUCGGCUUCCGGGCUGAAGAUCCAGGAUUCGCAAGAAGGCGUGGACCCCUACGUGAUCAUUAAAUGUGAAGGCGAGAAGAUCCGUUCGCCGGUGGUGAAAAGCACCGUGACGCCAGAGUUUGAUGUGAAAGGCCUGUUCUACCGCAAGAAGCCGGGGCAGCCCAUUGUCAUUCAGGUCUGGGACCAUAACCUUAUCAGUGACACCUUUCUGGGCCAGGUGAGCCUUGCAGGUGACCCCAACAACCUCCUGUCGAUGCACAUCCUCCACCUGGAGGACAAAGGCAGCAAACGUGUCAACGAGCUUCCAGGGACCCUCAAGGUGCAGUUGCUCACCAGCAGCGUCCUGACUAACAUCUAAAGGAAGGACGGUUCCCUCCGUGCCAUCUGUACAUUUGAUCUCGCAAUAUGCAGCAUAUACGUUUAUCUAUAUCUGUACCUGCAACAUGUACUGUGCAUGCAUCCACUUUUAAAAGGGGACCAGCUCUCGCGCGUUCGGUUUUGUUUUGUUUCCUUUUG